AUGAGCAGCAGCGCGGGCCCGGCGGCGCGGCUGUGCCGCCUGGAGCGGGGGCCGGACGGGUACGGCUUCCACCUGCACGGCGAGAAGGGCAAGCCGGGCCAGUUCAUCCGGCUGGUGGAGGCGGGCUCACCGGCCGAGCGCUCGGGGCUGCGGGCCGGGGACCGGCUGCUGGAGGUGGACGGCGAGAACGUGGAGCGGGAGAGCCACCAGCAGGUGGUGGAGCGCAUCCGCGCCGCCGCCGGUGCCGUCAGCCUGCUCGUCGUGGACCCGCUGGCCGACGAGCAGCUGCAGAAGCGGGGCGGGCCGGCUGCCGAGCCCCCCGUGGGCGGCGGGGAGGCGGCCCCGGAGCCGGCGGAGCCCGCGGUGCGGGAGCCCAGCGGCGGCGGCCGGCGGGAGGAGCUGCGGCCUCGGCUGUGCCGCAUGAAGAAGGGCCCCAAUGGCUACGGCUUCAACCUGCACAGUGACAAGAGCCGCCCGGGGCAGUACGUGCGUGCCAUCGACCCUGACUCGCCGGCCGAGGCGGCGGGGCUGGCCCCCCAGGACCGCAUCAUCGAGGUGAACGGGGUGUGCAUGGAGGGCAAGCAGCACGCCGAUGUGGUCGCAGCCAUCAAGGCGGGUGGUGACGAGACCAGGCUGCUGGUGGUGGAUGUCCUAACGGAUGAGUUCUUCAAGAAGUGCAAGGUGGUGCCCUCGGAGGAGCACCUGGCAGGUCCCCUGCCAGAACCAGUUGCCAAUGGCGAUAUAGGGAAGGAAAACGGCGGAGAGCCGCAGUCCAACUCAGUGUCUGAGAGCCCGUCCAGCCCUGGGCCACUGGCCAUGUCCCCUGACUCCAGCGAGACCCACAGCAAGGAGGGUGACAAGCGCCAUUCGGCAUCCGGCUCCCUCCUGGACCUUGACAUCCCACUAGCAGUGGCCAAGGAGCGGGCGCACCAGAAGCGCACCAGCAAGCGGGCACCCCAGAUGGACUGGAGCAAGAAAAACGAACUGUUCAGCAACCUGUGAAGGCCCUGGAAUGGGGGCAAGGGGGGGGUGAGGGUCCACUGGCCCCCUU